CAAAAGUCAUACAAGCAGCCAUAGAAUCCGCGAAUAUACCAAUACCUUAAUAUCUAUAUAUCUAUAUAUAAAUGUAUACAUAAUACAACACAUGCUGGAAAAAUCUCCCACUCAUUUGUAUAUUGUAUAUUUCCAAGUUGUUUCUCUCUCGUUUCUUAUUCUUGGUAGUUUGUGUAUCCUUAGCGUAUUUAAAACGUGAAUAUAAAAUGAGUCACACGGGGACGGGCGUUAUGUUUAAUCCAAACAAAAACAAUCGAUAAAACAAUGGAUCAAAUUAAAGUAGUAAAUAAACACUGAAGAAGAGAUAUUAUCUAGACAAACAACAAUUUAUAAUUAUUAUUUUUUUUAAUCACAAGUGUUGAGUAUUUAUAAAUAAAUAGAUAAAUUUAAUUAAGAAAAUAUUAAUAUUAAUAUCAAGAAUAGUGAUCUUAUCAAGGCAUCUGUAAUUAACGCGCAAAUCACCCAACAAAACAAUAAAAAUGUUAAAUACUUUUACAAAAUAUAAAAAUAAAUUAAAACGUUAAAUAACGAAAUAAUCAGUAAUGAUUGAAAGUAUAUUAUUUUAAAAAUAAUAAAACUAAAAACGGUGAGUUUAGUGUAUAUACAUUGGUGCCUCUCUAGCUUGACAGUGAAAGUAGUAGUGAUUUUACCACAAUAUCUAUAUUUAUAUACUUGUAUAUAUAUAUACAUUUAGAUCCAAGUAUGAAUCAGUAGAAGUAUACAUACAUAUGUAUAACACAUAACAGCAACCGCUGCAGUUAUGAGUGCGCGGAGUCAACUAUGUCAAGCACUUGGUGUAAUGGAGAAAAACGAAUUAGCGUAUAUUUUAACAGUGUUACCACUAUUAUUAAUUAAAGCUAUUAAUUAUUCAAUUAUAGAAAUAACUGGAAUAAAAUGUAUUGGUACAGUAGCAACAGAGGAUCAUCAAUUAGCUGUGCACCGAAUACUGUCACCAAUAAAUUUAACGUAAUUUUUGUCACUCUGUAUUCGUAUAAAAUUUUUCUAAGAAACAUUAUCAAUAAAAAAUUGAUAUUACUAAACAACUAUUUUAUAAAUAAUCGUAUUUACAACGAAUUUUGGAGUAAUAAUAAUAGACGACUAUAAAAAUAUUAGUGAGUGGAUUAUAUAUAUAUAUAUACAUGGAUUAUUUUAUUUAACAAUUACGAUUGUGAUUAUGAUAGUGAUAAUUAUGAUUAACAAAUCUUGAUCUAUCACGAAUAUAUGGAAAGAUCUGGGUGUUUUAAUCACAUCUUACAGCACCAGUAAUACUGUUAUCUCAAUAACGUGAAAUCUGGAUCAGUGUCAUUGAAGAUUGUGAUAAUACGUCCAGUAUGUUUAUUUUGUGGUUUUGAUAUACAAAGGAGUGUACAAUGACUAAUAACUGCAGUCAGUGAUUUAAGAGUAUAUACAGGAGACAUUUUAAACUACUAUUAUUACUAUCUUGAUUAUCAUAAAUAUUACUAUUAUUAUUACUGCAAUUACAUAGAAGAAAAAAAACUAUUAAUAAUAAUAAUAGUAAUCGAGUGUAAGUUGUAAAGUGUUGAAACACAAAACUCUAAUCAGGGGAUGCCUAGCCUACAAACGCUCGUCGUACGACGAGCUCCUCUCAUGGAUAUGGGUACUGCUACCAGUUCAGUAACUUCUGUGAAUCCAGCGUCAUCAAAAAAUGGAACGAUACACAAGAAACUAGAUAAUAAUAAGACUUCUAAUAAAUUGAGCAAUGUUGGACUUAAAUUACCGUUGGUUAAACAAGAGCACACUGGUACUAGUACUGCUACUGGAAAUAGUGGUAACAAUUUUUUAUUAACUGAGAGAACAAUAAUUGGGAAAGGUGGUCUAAGUAGCAUAGGUUUAAGUAGUUCUGUAAUAGCCACUGGUGGUUGUGAUGAUGGUAAUGGUAUCAAUAGUAGUAAUGGCGUUGAUGUACCACUUCUUGGGCGACCAGAGAGCAGUACCAGUCUUGAAGCACGUGCUUCAAUGGGUCAUGGAGCUGAUGUAGCUGUUGGUGGUAUCCAGGGUGGUAGUUGGGCAAACUUAUCACCAGGGAGUAAUUUACGUAAAUGUGAAACUGCUGUCGGUCUUAGUACACUACACCUGGAGAAUAGACCCAUCAAUAAGAGCCGAGUAUGCUCCAGAUGCUCUAGUUUACUGUCCCUAGCGUCUAGUUCGAGGUACAGUCUUGCUGCUGGUAAUUUUGUUCCGUCUACAACUACCAAUCAACUUAAUCAGCAGCAGCAACAGCAGCAGACUCAACAACAGCAAUCGCAACAACAACAACAACAACAACAACAACAACAACAACAACAACAACAGCAGCAACAGCAACAACAACAAACUUCAAGUCAAUUUCUUUGCAAGCUCUGCCUUGUUGAUGUUACAGUCUCCAAGAUAUUUAGGAUCGAAGGCUGCGGAUGUUUUUAUUGUAAAGAUUGUAUGAAAGCCUACGUUGAGUUUGAAAUAGAAGAAGGUGCUUAUGAAAUUAGCUGUCCGGAUGCACAGUGUGAUUGGUCGUCUAUUCUUACGUUAAAAGAAAUAUCGACGCUUGUUAGUUCGGAAUUAAUGGAAAAACAUCAAAAAUUCCGUCUCAAUAGAGAUGUGUCGAUGGAUAAAGGCCGCGCAUGGUGUCCACGUGCUGGCUGUGAGACGAUAUGUUCCAUAAAUAGUCCAGGAAGUAAUGGUAUGUCACCGGGACCGGUGCACUGUCCAAAUUGUUCAACAGAUUUUUGUUCAGUAUGCCGUGAAUCAUGGCACAAUGGACCAUGUCCAAAUCUUCCUUUGGGUAUACCAUUUGACAAUGAUCACAUUAAAUGUUGUCCAAUGUGCUCAGUGCCUAUUGAAAAGGACGAAGGCUGUGCUCAGAUGAUGUGUAAAAGAUGUCAACACGUAUUCUGUUGGUAUUGCUUAGCAUCAUUAGACGAUGACUUUUUACUGAGGCAUUAUGACAAAGGACCAUGUAAAAAUAAAUUAGGACAUUCUCGAGCCUCUGUUAUAUGGCAUCGAACACAAGUGAUAGGUAUUUUUGCGGGUUUUGGCCUUCUACUUCUUGUAGCGUCUCCACUAUUGUUAUUAGCUGCACCGUGUAUUGUAUGUUGUAAAUGUCGUGUGUGCGGAUCAUCACGACUUGAACAUGAUAAUAAUAAUGGAAAUGGUAGUAAUGGUGGUGGUACUAGUACUGGUAAUCAUGACGAUUCCUCGACGUAAGUUUUAAGAUUUGUUAUUUACAAUUAUUUCAAUAUAAAUACAACGGUAAUAAAAUAUAUAUUAAUUAGAUAUUUCAAACAAUUAAUACAAUUAAUUAAUAUUAAAUACAUUAAGUCGCGAUGUAUCGUUGUAUUUGAUACAUGGCUUAUAUCAAUGCAGUCAAAAAGUAAUAAGUAUCUUUGUUGAUUUUUAAAUAUUAUGAUUAUAAUUAUUACUAUU